CGUAGCUGCGACACCGGAGCGAGGCGAGGACGCGUCUGUCUGUUCGGCACAGAGAAAAGAUGCUGUGAUUAAAGGAGAGCCUCAGUUACAGAUCAGGGUGUUAAGGCAGCUUUAAUAAUAUAAAAAAUAAUAUAAAAAGAUAACGUCAAAAAUGAGCGUGAUGAAGGCUGGACACGAUGGCAGCGGCAGAGGAAGCCUCGCCGACAGCGGCUGCAGCGGCGGCGGCGGCGGCGCCCCGAGGCUCCAGCAGUGCGUACAGCCUCCCAACAACAGCAGCAGCAGCAGCGGCAGCAGCAGGACCAAAGAUGCCAGAUACCAACAGCAGCAGCUGCAGCUCCAGCAGCAGCGGCAUCAUGGAGGCUCGAUGUGGAAGCAGCCGUCUCACAGCGAGCCCGCCGACGUCGUGAGGCGGGCGCUGGACUUCAAGUGUCAAGGCACGCAGUGCUACAAGGAUAAGAAGUACCGAGAGGCGAUAGGCAAGUACCACCGCGCUCUGCUGGAGAUCAAGGGGCUGUGCAGGGUGCUGGGAGACCCGGACACCAGCUCCAAGUCCCCGUCCCCCCUCCUGCCCACCAUCAGCAAAUCCAGCACGCUGACAGACGAGCAGAAAGGGGCCAUGGAGAACGCUGAGCUGGAGUGUUACAACAGCCUGGCCGCCUGUCUUUUACAAAUGGAGCUGGUGAACUACGAACGAGUGAAGGAAUACUGUUUGAAAGUGCUGCACAAGGAAGGAAAGAACUUCAAAGCCCUGUACCGGUCUGGUGUGGCCUAUUACCACCUGGGAGACUUCCAGAAGGCCCUGUACUACCUGAAGGAGUCCCACAAACAGGAGCCAUCAGACACCAAUGUCAUCCGCUACAUUCAGCUGACAGAGAUGAAGAUUCGCAGGAACGCCCAAAGGGAAAAGAAAGAAGCGACAUAAGCACUCUCCGUCUGAUGGCGUCUCAUCCGUCAAGAAUUUCAGCCCUACUGUGUGCCACCCAGACCUUACACAAACUGAGUCAUAUGGCGUGAAGCGAUGUUAUUAUUAAGUUUUGUUUGCUUUUGCUUUGCACAGCAUCUGGUUGCCAAUUAUGUGAUUGAAUUUCACCAUUGUGUGCUUGAAGCAUUUUCUGUUUCCAAUUGAUUUAGUAUGUUUUCACUGUAACAAACUGAUGCACUGCCAGUCCAAACACUGCACAUACAGGCCAACACUUGUGAUAGAGACAGAAACAACAAGGUCCACUGAGGGAAUCUAGCACGUCUGCACUGCAGGUUAGUGUUUACUGUCAAUGAGCACCUUCCCUUGCACAAGAUGUCUAUUGAAUGGCACAACAUAAGAACAACUAUUUAUUUGUUUUGUCAAAGAUCGAGUUUUUUUAAAUAUAUUUUAAAUUAUAUCUGAAUCAAAGGUGCUUUCACUAAGUAGGUUUAUUAAAAGAUGCAUAGGGACGAACAUCAGGAACACAUUGCAGUAUGAACUUAAGUAACAUAUCACAUAAUGUAAAUAGGCUACUUUAUAGAAAUCACAAAAGAAUAUUAAGGAAAGGCAAGCUACUCGUGUUUAUUAAGGCCAAAACAAAGCACUUCAUUCUCAGCAUUUCCUGUAACAAAAAUACUGUAUGUUUACUGUAAAGGUAUGUGUGUAAUAAAUGUGUCUAUUGAUUGAAAUCUUGAA